AUGGAAGACCAGGAUAUCGUGCUGUACGAGCGUUGGGGGUUUGCCCACAUUGCUCCGGAAGAGACUAGGCAGGACUCGCCUGUGAUCUCGCUUCCAAGACAGGUGAAAUGCGGUUGGCAGCCACCGCCAAGUUGGGCUUUUGAUGGUUGUUCAGCAAAGCUAAACGAGGCGCUGUGGCGGAAGUGCUUGGAGCAAAUCGAGGCCGACAUUUCCAGAGAGAAGAAAUCGCAGUCGCGUGACAAUAUGAAAGCCUGUCUUGGCUGGAUAAAGCUCUAUGGUUAUCCCUCAUCCCACUGCUUCAUGGUGUGGGCGGCGUGCGGGAUCGCAACAUGCACUACGCGGCGAGAGUUCUCGAGGUUCUGGGUAGCUCACGGCCAGUGCUCAGAGCGCACGAGCGUCUACGCCUUGGAAAUACACGACGACGGCACGAUCGUGAACUGGCGACUGAUUGUCCUGCCCAGGCUCCUUGCGUACCGGGAUAUAGAGAUACCGUCGCGGGUCUUCACAGCUGACGUGAAAGCGUAUGGUGGACAGGUUUGCUGA